AUGUCAGUUAUCGAUCAACAUAAGACACAUCAACCAUUUGGUGGUAAGGUUGUUGUUCUAGGAGGUGAUUUCAGACAGAUACUUCCGGUGAUUUCGAAAGAAAGUAGACAUGAUAUAUUGGCAUCCGCUAUUAACUCAUCUCAUCUGUGGUCAUUUUGUAAGGUUCUGAAACUGCAUACGAAUAUGAGGCUUCUAAUGUCUUCUUCGGAUCAAGAUGAAGGUGAAAUGAAGAGAUUUGCUAAUUGGAUACUUGAUGUUGGAAAUGGAAAUAUUGGCUCUGUUAUUGGUGAUGAAUCAGAAGUUGAAAUUCCAGAUGAUCUAUUGAUUACAACUACUGAUGACCCUCUCUCUCAUUUGGUAGACUUUGCAUAUCCAAUGUUGUAAAACAUGUCAGAUUACAGGUAUUUUCAGAGUAGGGCAAUUCUUGCACCCACGCUUGAGAGUGUCGAGAAGGUAAACGAUUUUGUCUUGACAAUCUUUCCGGGGAUGGAAAAGGAGUAUUUGAGCUCUGACACAACAUGCCAAGCUGAUGAGAAUGAAGAUGUACAACAAGAGUGGUUCACACCAGAGUUCCUAAAUGACAUCAAAUGUUCGGGACUACCCAAUCACAAGUUGACUUUGAAGUCAGGAGUUGCUGUAAUGCUAUUGCGAAACAUAGACCGGACUUCAGGUUUAUGCAACGGGACAAGAUUAAUAGUUAACGAACUUGGCAGCAAUGUAAUUGGAGCGACGGUAGUGACCGGUAGAAAUAUUGAAAAUAAAGUGUACAUUCCAAGAAUGAACUUGAUCCCUUCAGAUUCAGGAUUGCCAUUUAAGUUCCAACGGAGACAAUUUUCAUUAACAGUAUGCUUUGCAAUGACCAUUAACAUGAGUCGGGGUCAAUCAUUAUCACAUGUACGGCUUUAUUUGUCAAAAUCAGUGUUCACCCAUGGACAACUUUAUGUUGCUUUGUCAAGAGUUAAGAGUCACAGUGGCCUCAGGAUUUUAAUUAUAGACGAAGACGGCAAUCCAAAGUCAUCAACAACAAAUGUCGUGUUCAAAGAGGUUUUCAAUAAUAUUUAG